AUGCUGCUGGCCAGUCCUUCUACUUUUGCCACUGAAAUCUAUCCUCAUACAUCACCAUUGUUCUCUGAUCAAUCUUCAUGGGAUUCCAACAACAAUGAUACACUAGCAUGUCUGCUACUUUCAUCCAACGAUCAAGAUGAUUUAUUGAGAGUUAUCCGUGCCAUGCCCAUGGUACACCAACACCAUUCUUCUUCUUUUGAACGGCAAGCCAAAUCUCAAGAUGCUUCCAUACAUGCCUUAACACGGCCACCCCAUAUGCUUAGACGAUCCUCGUCAUCUUCCAUCACUUUGAUGUCCACUAUCCAAGAAGAGGAAGAAUAA